AUGAGUGGCACUAGUAAAGCCAGUGGCAGCUCUAUCGAUGUGCUCAUUCGUGUGCGCCCAAUGCGAGCGGAGUUGCAGGAGGUGAAGACAGCCUGGGAUAUUAGUACCUCCACACUGCGAGAGAAGGGCAAUCCGGAUAAUCUCUUUACCUUUGAUCAUGUCUACGGCACCGACGCCGCAACGCAAUCGUUGUAUGAGCGUAGCGUGCGCAACAGUAUCGUCACUAACGUUGUCAAGGGGUACAAUGGAACCGUGCUUGUGUAUGGCCAAACAGGUAGCGGCAAGACCUACACCAUGCUGGGUGGUAGUAUGGUCGGUGACUACAACGCACCGGUAGGGAUUGCCGCACUUGCAGUGCGUGAUCUCUUUUCGGAUAUUGAGGAGGAGGUGCAACGAAAUCCGUCCAUGCAGGUGGAUGUGUAUGUGUCCUUAAUUGAGAUUUAUAAUGAGCAGCUGCGAGACCUUUUGAUUGCACCAGGAGCGCCAACGGCAUCCUUGUCCAUACGCGAGAAUGAGCAUGGCGUGUACGUGCACAACGCCGUAAAACGCCAGGUUGCGAGUGCACGGGAAUGCACGCAGGUGAUCCACGCUCAUGUGGCGGGUCGCGUAUCCGCUUCCACUGGCAUGAAUGAAUUGUCGAGUCGCUCACACUGUGUGAUUCGUAUACUUGUGGAGAGGAACCUUCCGGUUGGAGACGCCAGCGAUGCCUCCUCCACGAGCAGCGAGGAGAACGGGGAAAGGGAUGAAUGCAUGCGACGGAAGAUUGUUUCCACGCUUAAUCUCGUCGACCUGGCUGGGUCUGAGCGAGUCGCCAAAACCGGGUCCACGGGGGUGCGGAAGGUGGAGGGCGGUCACAUCAACAAGUCCCUCACAAUUCUCACGACGGUCAUCAGCCGUCUGACGGAAACAAACAGCGGCCAGGGCGUUGUCGGUAACAAAAACACCAGCAGUGGGGUGGCCUCAACGUUUGUCCCUUACCGGGAUUCUCGACUCACACACCUGCUGAAAACGGCGAUUGGUGGCAACUCCCUGACGGCUGUUUUCUGCUGCAUCACACCGGCGGCGCAACACGUGGAUGAGUCGCGCAGCACGUUGCAGUUUGCAGCGCGUGCCAAGGCGAUCAAGAACAGAGUCUCCGUGAAUGAGGUGUCCGAUGUCAAAACGAGUCUGCAAAUGGUGAAGGUGGAACUACGACGCUACAAGCGCAUGAUGCUGGCGACGACCCUUUACUUGUGGAGCAAAAACGUGCGCAUUAAACGGCUGCAAGAGAAAUUAGAUGAAUUCCUCCAUCUUGGGGUGGCUCCUUCUCCUUCUCCUCCUGUAGCAGCUGCUGUUGUUCCUUACUCGACACGGAUGGCACCAAAUGAACAGCAGCGCAUCAUCAUUGAACAACUCACACGGCAAAACGAACUGCUUCAGCAGGAACUUGUUGAGGCGCUUGAACGCCAGUUAGCGCUCGGGAACAAUCCCCAGGCGGAUGCACAUACUGCCACCACCAUAGGACUCGCCGACGAUAGCGAGAAGCAGCAGCUCCGCGCGGACGUGCGUGACUUGGAGCAGAUGCUGAAGGAGACGCUUGAUGAGAAGAGCGCCAUUCAGGUGUCUAUGGAUAAAUUGGAAAAAUUCUGCAAGGAACUUGAAGAGGAAAACGCGGCGCAGGCGUCCGUUAACAAGAGACUUCAGACGACAUGUCAGGAGCUGCAUAUCCUCAUAGACGCCAAAGAAAGCGCAGAACACGCUGGCAAGGAUCAGCUGGUGCUGCUAAAAGAGCAACUUUCCAAGACGCAGGCAAAUUUAUUGGAGAAGGGUCGCGGCGAUGAGUACCUGCAACAGCUCACAAAACUUCACAUUGAGCAUCAAGAGUUGCAGUAUGCCCACCAUCAAAUUCAGGAAAGGCACAAUCGAGAAAUGGCAGAGGCAGACGCUAAAAUAGAAGAACUGCGUGAUAAGAUUGAUGGACUCGAGGAUGAGACGGCGGAGUUGCGGGAGGCAAGCAAACUUCAGAACUCGUACCUAUGGCGACUGCUCAGUGUGGCUUCUGUCGUGUCACGCGGCAAGGCGGUGAAUCCGGAGGAAACGACUGCCACCGUUUGCGGCGCACAGGUUGAUGCUGCAGUUAAAACACUCACAAACUUUGUGCAAACCUCGCUGGAAAAGCCCCCUCUGGCUGCUGAGUCCCUCGAGAUCGUCCAUGCGAGGUCGCAGCGGUGUAAAACACAAGACGAGCACCAAGAGGGAAAUGGUGGAAAAGACGGGGCCAAAAAAGACAACAGCAAGGAUGAUACGGUUCUCCUGAAGCGUAUUGAUGAGCUGCAGCAGCAACUUGUGGCCAAAGAUGCCCAGAGAGACAUCACGGUGGACAGCAAACUGAAGCGCAUGCAAAGUCUUGUGCUGCGCCUUCACACGACGAAUGCGGCACUUACUGAGGAGCUGCUGAAGUCCUGCAAAAUUUGCGAGGAAUUGUUCCGCUUUGUAGACAAGCACCCGAAACUAGCGUUAAAAUUGGCGAAGACGGGUCUUGUGCCCAUGUCCUUUAAAGCGGCCGUUGAUCGAGCUUUGCAGGCCAAAAUUCCAGCAAGGCCGUAUGGCCACAACUGA